GCCUGUGAUUUGUCAGGGAAAUCUCGGCCACCUGCUCCCCACAUGCAAAUGGACCCAAACCCCUGACAGCUGCUCCUUGGGCCUCCAACUCUAAGCCCCGUCUUUCCUCUCUGAGCUCAGCCAAGACAUAGGGCAGCCUGAUCCUCUGAUUCCAGCCUCACAACCCUAGCAGGACUCCGUGAGUCAUGGGGGCAAGGAGUGGGCCAAACCCAGAUGGAAGCCGGGUUGGGGUUGCGCCCCACUUCCCACCCUUGGUCCACUCAAAGCAGGGGCAACCCUGUCUAGUCUUUCUCUCUGAAUCCCCUGUACCUUUCCCCAUCCCCCCAACCCCCCAGGAUCAGACCCAGGGGCAGCUGGUUAGGGUUUGUUGAGAAGAAGGAUUAUCCAGAUCAGUCCCAUCUAAUCUCAGCUCCUGCACCCUCCCCAUAUUCACCCAAACCCCCUUCCCCACAACCCUGAACUUAGAGACAAAUUCUUGGAUGUCGAUAAUGGGCCACCUCUCACCCUCAUAUUCCGGCUCCUGGACCGGUUGCUAGGCAGGCCCUGACUGCCACAAUCAUCAGCAUUGCUGGGGGCUGGGGCUGGGGGGAGGCUGGAGCUGUGGUUGCUUCUACUCCUCUGUACCCCUCCCAGACCCCAACCUUUAAUCCUCACAGCUUUGCUCUAAUCCCAUGGGGCCUGAUGCUCUUAUCUCUGCCAACGAGGAGACUGGCCAGAGAAGCACCCCUUCAACCCUUCCUCCCCCCAGGGCUGGUGAGGGGCUGCUCCUCUUUAUAGCCCCACACUCUUGCUCCCACUUACCCCACCCCAGGCUGGGCCCAAGUCUCUCUAGAAGCCACACACCUCCCUUCCUGCCCUCUCCCCUGGCCCCCCCGCCGUUGCCAGCUGAUUUCAUUUGCCUGACGUUGUUGUUGUCGUCGUCGUUGUCCUCGGCCCUACCUUCUCUGUCAGUGCUCCCCCCAACCCCCCCCACCCAGAGCUGGGGCCAGGCCAGGCCAGCUCUUCUGGCAGCAGAGCUGGGGCAGGUGACGGGUUGGCGUCGCCGCUGAGGGAGUGAAGAGGCGCCUGGAAGCGGAGCUGGAAACCCGGGAGAGGUCCAGUCAGAGUUCAAGAGCCGGAGCUGCCCCUCAACCAGUCAGCCAUGGGGGAGAUGGAGCAACUACGGCAGGAAGCGGAGCAGCUCAAGAAGCAGAUUGCCGAUGCCCGGAAAGCCUGCGCUGACAUUACUCUGGCAGAGCUGGUGUCGGGCCUAGAGGUCGUGGGAAGAGUCCAGAUGCGGACACGGCGGACGUUAAGGGGACACCUGGCCAAGAUCUAUGCUAUGCACUGGGCCACCGAUUCCAAGCUGCUGGUAAGUGCCUCGCAAGAUGGGAAGCUGAUCGUGUGGGACACCUACACCACCAAUAAGGUGCAUGCCAUCCCGCUGCGCUCCUCCUGGGUCAUGACCUGUGCCUACGCCCCAUCAGGGAACUUCGUGGCCUGUGGGGGGCUGGACAACAUGUGCUCCAUCUACAGCCUCAAGUCCCGUGAGGGCAAUGUCAAGGUCAGCCGGGAGCUCUCUGCUCACACAGGUUAUCUCUCCUGCUGCCGCUUCCUGGAUGACAACAACAUCGUGACUAGCUCCGGGGACACCACUUGUGCUCUGUGGGAUAUCGAGACCGGGCAGCAGAAGACAGUGUUUGUGGGGCACACAGGGGACUGCAUGAGUCUGGCUGUCUCUCCUGACUUCAAGCUCUUCAUUUCGGGAGCCUGUGACGCCAGCGCCAAGCUCUGGGAUGUGCGGGAGGGAACCUGUCGGCAGACUUUCACUGGCCAUGAGUCGGACAUCAACGCUAUCUGCUUCUUCCCCAAUGGAGAGGCCAUCUGCACAGGCUCGGACGAUGCCUCCUGCCGCCUGUUUGACCUGCGGGCAGACCAGGAGCUGACAACCUACUCCCACGAGAGCAUCAUCUGUGGUAUCACAUCUGUGGCCUUCUCCCUCAGCGGCCGCCUGCUCUUUGCAGGCUACGACGACUUCAACUGCAACGUCUGGGACUCCAUGAAGUGCGAGCGUGUGGGCAUGCUCUCUGGCCAUGACAACAGGGUCAGCUGCCUGGGGGUCACAGCUGAUGGGAUGGCUGUGGCCACUGGCUCCUGGGACAGCUUCCUCAAAGUCUGGAACUAAGGAGGUUGGAGGAGAGGAGGUAAAAGGCCAUGAAGACAAUCAGCGGCCCCCUCCCUUGCCCCAUUUUCUUUUAAGGUUUUUUUCUUCUAUGCCCCAGCUGCCACCCCCACCCAGCUUUAUCCUUUGAGGGCAGUAGGGAAAAUGGGGAAGAAGCCUUUGGGAGGCAGCAUCAGGGAAACAGGGGCAAAGAACUGCCCCAUCUCCUCCCAUGGCCUCCCCUCUCCAUGGUCCUGCAGCUUCUCCUGUCCUGAGCAAGGAUAACUGGCCCCUCACCAGCACCGGGCGGGCCUGGCAGGCUUCUGGUCUGAGGCCCCAGGCCCUGGAAUUCUGCCCCCCCCCCAGAACCACUAUCUUUGUCCAGACCUGGGUGGCAGAGGGUGCUCAGUCCUGUGACUAUGGCUCUGGCACACAUUAGGAUCCUGGCCCCCUUCUUCAGGUUUUCUCCACUUUCUACCUUCUUUAUUUCCCUCCUAAAGGACCUGCAAUAAACCGUAGUGCCCGGUGUA